AUGGCUAUGGCUUUCUAUGAUGAAAGUAUGCAGUCGUCACCACCAACACUGCUUCGAUUAUCGUUGAAGUCACUAUCAAAAGCUAUGUAUACAUAUCACUGGUUUCCCCCAGUCAAAUGUCCAUUACCUUCGGAGAUUUCUGAUCAAUUGGUCAAUACGUUGCGUGCUAACAAUUGGCUAAACAAUGAUACCAUGCAACUUUUUGACGAGCGAUUCCGUUUGACUGAGGUUGAUUUAUCUUGCUGCACAUUGUCGGAAUUGCCAUUUGACAUACUAAAAUUACAUAAUGUGAAGCAUCUUACUGUCCAUGACAUAUCAAGUGAUCCUGCAGUUGUGCUUGAUAUCUCACAAACAAUAGUUACUGAUAUUUCCGCAGUAGAAGAAUUGAAGGACACGCUAGAAGUUUUCAUUAUGCAUGAACUCAAGUUAUCGCGUUCUGGAAUAAUUAGUAAUAUCACAGAUACAUUAUGCGCUCUUGAAAACUUGAAAUUUUUGGAUGUUUCGGAUAAAAGAAUUGAUAUAUUACCUAAUAGUAUGAGUGAACCUUUACAACUCGAUAUUGGAACACUGAUCAUUCGUGAUGUUGUGAAAUCUGAUAGUCCAUGGUGGCCCAAUCUAUACUUUUUGGACAUUGCUGGUAGCAUGUUAAACUUUCGAGAUCACUCUCUUACUAUCGAGAACUUGACAAAAUUCAUAUCUAUGCAUCCUAAAUUGGCUUAUAUAUCUAUUCUGGAUACAUCUUUGAGUCGCUAUCCAUAUCACUAUCCUUAUGAGAGAGAUAAACCUCUACAGAUAGCUAAUGGUGGCACACGUGCUCAAUGUCUACUUUCACUUCAAAGUUACUGCCGUCCAAAUAGAGAAGCGUUUGCAUCCCACGCAUUGCAGGCUGUCUAUUAUCUUCUUCAAACUUCUUACGAUGAGUUCAACCCGUGUGAUUUACGUCUUACUGUUCGGGGCGUAGUAUUGUCCAUGUUCAAUCACAAAGAAAAUAUCGCAAUACAAAUGGCAGGAAGUGCUUGCCUCUAUCAUCUGUGCAAGUCUAAACGAGUGAGUCGUCUUACUCCUCAAGAAACUCGACAUUGUGUUGAUCGAUGUUUGGAUGCUGCCGAAGCCCAUCCCAAGAUGGUUCAAUUACAAAAGAAUAUAUGGCUUACUGUAUGCAGUGAUCAUUUAUUGCAAUCAAAGAAUUUUGACAUACUUCGAACUUGCGCAGUGGCUCUUGAGUCAAUGGUCACUACUAGAGACCCCUCCGUUUCUCGAAUGACAAUAGCAAUUGUAUCGAUUUUGGCUCCGAAAUUAGCAACAAAAGAAAGUCAUCGUUUAGCCACAAACAAGCGUUAUGUUGCCCAUUUAAUUGAAAUGAUUAAUGAAAAUCUCGAGAAUAUUGGUGUUGGGCGUGAUAAUUUUAACAAUUUUACCAUUAAAUUUACAUUAUCUGCGCUUUGGAACUUGACAGAUGAGUCGCCAACGACAUGCCGACUGUUUGUUCAACUUGACGGUAUUGCUACUGCAUUUAGUGUAUUAAGCCAUUACCAAAAUAUUCCGAAUAUACAAACUAAAGUUCUUGGUCUUUUAAACAAUAUUGCGGAAGUGAAGUGCUUAAAACGGCACAUCCUUCAUCGCCGUUACAUUAAAAUAAUUUUAGAUUUGCUCAAUAUCGAUUCUGUCUCUACCAGCUCUAAUGAAGGGGUUGAUCAUCGUCGGAUUACUGAUGUCUCAUAUUUUGCCGGCGGGAUAUUGGCUAAUUUACUUGAUUGUGGUCCAUGGAUGUUCGAACCCUCGUCAAUGUACUGUAAUCAAGCUUUGAUGAUGGCAGUCAAGAGAUGGCCUAAAUCGUUAUUAACUAUGGUUGCCUAUCGAUCAUUCGCACCGUUCUUUGUGUUGCUGAAACAGGACGAUUUAUCUGGAGCUCAGAUGUGGGCUGCAUGGGCAAUUCAGCACGUUUGUAAUAAUGACAAAGAAAAUAAUUAUAUAAAACUUCUUUUAUCGCAGGGAGGGAGAGAAGAAUUUCUACGUUUAACUAAUUCGAAAAUAGCUCAUCCAGACGUAAUUCAGCUUGCUCAUUCUAUUCUUAAUUUGAUCAACGAUUCUGAUUGUGCAACAUUAAAACCUAAACAUUGA